CGUUCUGCCUCUUUUAUAUGAGGGUUGAGAAAAGAAAAAGGCACUUGACACUCCACCACGCUGCAAGUUUGACAGAGCGGUGGCGCGUUUUAGACUUUGUUGUUCGUGGCGAAGAAGCCCUCGUCUCAAUCUAUCCCAAGGAUGAAGUUCAAGGCUUUUCUCACGGACAAUGGAGUGACUCUUUUGGAGAAGAGGUUCCUGCCAGCACUUGACAAGAUGGGAAAGAUAUGUCACCUCUACCUCACAAGAGACCAUGCCAUGUUCCUUCACAACCUCCUUAAUGGAGAUGGUAUUCAAUCCAUUGCUCAAUUUCGCAAAGAAGCCCUUUUCGAUGACUACCGCAUUUCCAGCCAGAACGAAGAUCGUAUUGCUUUUACCAUAGAUGUCACUCUUCUCCAACGUGCGGUUCGUAGCAGUGUGAGCAUUUGUUCUGAACUUGGUGGCAGUGGGACUGCUUCUAAUCGUCUCCAAAUCAAGUUGGUGAAAAAGCUACCUCCAAAUUGUACCCAACCCAUGCCUUUUCUUACCUUUGAAACCAAAGGUUAUAAAUCUGCUGUUAUUCAGGAUAUCCCUAUUUCAAAGCCAUUAUCAAGAGCUCAGGUUCUUGAACUUCAGAAUGCUUUGGAUAUGGCCCAAGACCUGCCUCAAACUCUAGUUCAGGUGCCAGAUAUGAACCAAUUGCAGAACUUUGUUGAUAGGUUGAAGCAGGUGGGUGAUGUGCUCAGUGUCUCCAUAAGCAAGUACGGGGAUUUGCAUAUACAGGUUUCAACAACAUUGAUCACUCUCGGUGCUGAGUUUCGGAAAUUGUUGGUCAUUGGGGAGAAAGCAGAUGCCCCUGCUGAAGAUCAAAAUCUGAGUGCUCAGACUCGGUCAUCCAGGUCAGUUGCCAGAGGAGAUGCUCAAUCUGUGCAAGUAAGUGUUAAGCACUUUGCCAAGAGCCUUCAGUGUCACUUGACCAAACCAGAUUGUGCUUUCUAUGGGAUUGCUCCACUGGGUGCUUGUCUGACAGUUAUAUUUCAGUUCUUCAUUCCUGGUUCUCGGCAGACCGAUAAAUCAAUUAGCUUGCACUGCAGACUUCCUGUACUUGACCCUGGUUCUAGCUGACAGUUUCCAAACCCUUAGUGGGAUUCAUUAUGCUGAGCUUGGAGAUUCAGUUGAUCUUUCAGUAUCUACUCAAGUAUUUUCGCUACGAGUAAUUGCCAGCGUGUUUCAUCAGUGAAAUAUAAGGUUAUAUGAGGCGAGACAUCUAAAAACUGAAUUUGAAGGAAGGUCAAGUAGAUAUGAAUCGUUAGUGUCUGUAUAACUAUUGCUGGGAUAGCCCUCGUGCAUGUGUUGUCUUACGCAGUAAAAAUUUAUCUUAGUAUAAACUAGAAAGUUUGUUUUAUUUAUUUGUUUAUUUCUUUUUUGGGAUAGCAAAUGAAGAGUGGAACUCUGCGGUAACUAUGUCUCAGUUUUGCAGCUUAAAGCCCUUUAGAUUCAGCAAUAGAACAUCUAUUAUGAUUUAUGUGCCGGCUCUAUCAAGAUAAGCUGGUGGUAUUGAUCAUACCAAGUAACAAAACGAAUCUAAGAAAUUUAUUGAUCAAAUGAGAACACAAGUCCAUAUGACCUAAUAAAACGAAUCUAAGAAAUUUAUUGAUCAAAAGAGAACUUAAGUCCAUAUGACCUAAUAAACUGGGAAUGCAUUAUUUACUCUUCACCAAAAAUCUUUACAUGAACAAGAACCAUGCUUGAAAUGGUGGAAUCUGGUCCUAUCCCUAACUAUCAGUUCCCUAUUGUAAGCUUUAGAGACCAGCUUGGCCAUAUGGUGACAGUCCACACACAUUCUGAGGUUCUUCACAAUUCUUACGGCACCACCAGGUCCUGAACUAAUAAGAGCAUAGGCAAUAGCCAACUUCUCGCUAUGCCGGUAAACAGCAGUUUCCUUGUCCUCUUCUCCAAUAUCAAGGAAGACCUCUGAUGUAUCAGGUGAAUACCCUGCAUAUGUCAAUUCUUGCAUCAUGUUUUCUAACUUGGCAUAUAUUUCUUUAGAUUGAGGAUGUGACUGGUCUCCGGCAACAAAUUCAUGAACGCUACCAUUCAUUUCUAUCAAACUACAACCUGCUCCAUUUUCAGGUUCUAGCUCAAGAAUCUUGGUAGCAGCCAUUUCUGCAAGUUCCACAUUUCUUUGGACACGACAAGCUCCGAGAAGAGAUCCCCAGACAACUGAAUUUGGUUCUAUUGGCAUGUUCUCAAUUAAUUCAUGUGCUUCUCUUAAAUUACCGGCUCGACCAAGAAGGUCAACCAUGCAUCCAUAAUGUGUCACGCUCGGCUUGAUUCCAUAUUGGGUGGUCAUACUCACAAAAAAUUCUUUUCCUUCCUCCACCAUGCCUGUGUGUGUACAUGCACACAGGACACCAAUGUAGGUUAUCUCAUCUGGUAUAACUGAAGCUUCCAUCAUAUCUGAAAACAUAUCAAGAGCUUCUUCACCAUGGCCAUUAAUAGCAAAACCAACAAUCAUCGCUGUCCAUGUAAAUUUGUCUUUAUAAUGCAUUUCCUUAAAUGCUUUUCUUGCCUUUUCCACGUUUCCACAUUUGAAGUACAUGUCUAUCAGAGCAUUCCCAACAAAAGUAUCAUUUUUUAUACUGUUCUUGUCAAUAUAAGUCUUAAUCCAUUCCCCUAGUUCAAGUGCUCCCAGAUGUGCGCAUGCUGUUAGAAUACUAACCAUGGUGAAUUCAUCUGGUAUUACAUUUGAGAUUUGCAUCUCACGGAAGAGUUCUAAAGCUUCUCUGAAACGGUUCAGUUUAAGGUAUCCAUCAAUCAUGGCAGUCCAGGAAAUACCAUCCCUUUCAGGUAUCUGCUCAAAAUACUUCCGAGCCAAGUCAAUUUGACCAGUAUUGGCAUACCCACUGACAAUAGAAGUCCAUGUGAUCACAUCGCGAGUCUUCAUAUUGUCAAAAAUCUCUCGUGCAACAUUCAUUACUCCACAAGCUGCCAACAUAUCAAUCAGGGCAUUUUCCAGUAUGAGAUUAGGUUCAACAAAGCCUUUUUCGACAUAUUCAAGGAUCUUCAUGCCCUCAUCUAGAUCCUUCAAGUUGGAGCUAGCUGAAAGCAUCAAAACUAAGGUACAUAUAAACUCCAUUUGAAGGACACUCUAACCUAGAGUAGCCUUUGAUCAAGGUAUUCCAAAUGAACACAGAUGGUUCAGGAAUUGUAUCAAACAGGUGACGAGCAUAGUUCACAUCACCUGAAUCAUUUGUACAACAGAAGGCUAUAACUGUGUUUUGAACAGAAGGGUCAGAAGUAAGACCCAUUUUGAUGGUUUGUGAGUGAACUUGCUUGAGUUGGUCCAUGGACUUGCAGGUUUCAAGUAAAGAAAGUAGAAAUUGUUGAUAGCAAUGGCGAUUAGUAAGUGAAGUACUGCAGUGAAUUGGAGAAGUGGGGCCAUUAAAAAUCAAGGCGUUCUGUGAAAACGAACGUGAAAUUGCAAGGCCUACGGGUGAAAAGGGCCGGAGAGUCUUAGAGAGAAGAAAGGAGAGCAUUCAACACGCAACGAACGAAGGCACGAAGCAGAAAGCCAAUUUUGGUUCGCUCGGGGUUUUCUCUCCCUUCGGUGAAAAGCGCGGGUUGAUCUCGAUAGUAUGUAACUGUGUGUGUGUGUAUGUUUUCUUUUUUAUCUUUUUGGAAAUAAUCAAUUUAAACACACAGCUCACAUGCCUAAAUGCCAAAGGCCAAAGCAGCGCUUAAACUCUGGAUCUCUGGCUUGCAUGAAGGUGGCCUUACUAUUGAGACAACUUAUCAUUUAUAACUGAUUUAAUUAAAUAUAAA